AUGUACCCCUGCAUGUACGCUGAUAGAGAAACGUAUGUAAAAAACAAUAGACAGAAGGACGAUCACUACUGUUACCCAUGUGUAAUCUAUUCUGCUCUGAAAUUUGCUUCGAAGAAGGGCAUCCCUCUAGCCAAUGAGGACGAGACGAAUGAUAAUGAUUUCUCUUGCAAGGUCGAAAGGAGACUUCAAGCUGGAGAACAGACUUUGAAGAUCAAAGAGGUCUAUCAUUAUGAGACUCUAAAGGAAGCUCUCAAACGCCUGAAGACACAUAUUGUCUGUGCAAUUCUACUUUGCUACGCGGGCUGGGCAGAUGGGGGCCUGUACACAGGACCAAAAGAAAGAGCAUGUUUGCAAGGUCAUCACGAAGUUGUUAUGGUUGCAUGUGUGAUGUUUCAAGGCAAAAUGGUGAUUAAAUGUAAAUCGAGCAAUGGGACAGACGUUGGAAAUGAUGGUUAUAUAUACGUGGAUCCCGAGGUGUAUUUCAUCGAGAUUGCUUCUUCAAGGAAGAGAUAUCAUGAAUCCUCUUGUAGGAUAAAGCCUACUCCUCUCCUCUUUGACUUCUACUCUCUUGAUAUGGAUACAGGUCCACAUGGGGUGAAAUUCUCAGAAGAAGAGUUCAAUGGACAAAAGAUGGCAAACGAAAAGUUUAAAGUGCAUUUUCAAAUUACCCCUGAAGGAGGUCCAUGUGGGAUGUGUUACACAGCUGAUGAUGCUGGGAUAUCAAGACUCUGUUUCACCUAUGGAUUUUUUUGA